ACGGUGGUGGUGACGGUGCUGGGAGACCCCGCGUGCGCUUUCCCCUUGAGAUGUAAACCGGGAACGGAGAAGGGGCUGAGGGGAGAAAGGAUAUGGCCUCCCCCACGAGUCCAUGGGCAGUGACUGUGGCCCGACCCGAAAACGACCCUCUUCUCAAAAGGGACCAUCACCGCCCCGAGCGCGCGCACAGAGACCGGUCGGAGGCGAGAAUUGGUCUUUUCAGGGCACAGUUCAGCUCCUCUGUGGAUGCGUCCCCAGAUCGCAGGAUUUCCAAGAAAUCGAGCCUGUCCCUUGUGCACUUGGGAAUAAUUCCCCAAGACAGCACUUCGGGAUUCCGGGUUAUCCUGAGGCUGCCCGGGACUUUUCCAGCUCUCCAGCCCCAGGUCUCCUGACAUUGUGUUCCAGGCUGCGGGCUAAGCCAGACAGUGUUUGCCUCCCGUUCUUUCCACCGAGGGAAGCGAACGCCACCCCCACCCGCCUUUGCCUCCAAGUCUCCCUCGCUGGCAGAAGGGAAGCCGACCUGGUCCCGGGAGGAAGAUGGCGCAGCGAUUUCGAAUUUUAGAGCUGGAUCUUUGUCUCAUGGAUGCUCUUAGGAGACCCACCAAGCACCAACCCCUGAUAUUGCAACUGGACCCCUCGACCUGGAUGAAUGUAUUCUUUUCAGCAACCAUAUGCUCCCUCCUGUUACCAGGUAAGGUAAGAAGCAAUUCCUCUGCCUAGCAGCUCUGCUGAGUGAAAUAUCAGGAGGUCCCACCCAAGCUUUCUCUUGCGUGUAGCCUAUAUCCAGCAUGGGAGUACAGGCUAAUCCUGCAGUUGGCCAGCCUCUUGUCCUCUGGAUAUCCUGGGAGUGAAUCCCAAUGAAGGAAUCUCCAGUGGUUUCCUGAAGCCCUUUGUGCUAGGCCUGAGGUGAGACAGAACUGCCCCAUCUUAUGCCCAGGAGACCUGGGAAGACUCACAGUGCACCACCGUCCUCAAAAAUUCUCUCUCCCUGUAGGCUGUGGUCUGAAUCUUUGUGUCUUCCUAAAAUUCAUAUUUUGAAAUCCUAACCCCCUAGGUGAUGAUAUUAGAAGGUGGGGCCUUUCAGGAGUUGACUAAAACAUGGGGGAAAAGCCCUCACAAAUGAAUUAGUUCCCUUAUAAAAUAAGUCCAAGGAAACUUGCUCACUUCUAACACCAUGUGAGGACACAGCGAGAAGGCACCAUCUAUACGCCAGAAAGCAGUCCCUCACCAGACAUAGAUCUGCUGGCACUUUGAUCUUGGACUUCCCACCCUCCAGAACUGGGAGAAAUAAAUGUAUAUUGUUUAUAAGCAACACAGUUUAUGGUAUUAUAUCAUAGCAGCCCAAACAGACGUUGUAUUUCCUCAAUGUUGGUUUAAGAGUUGUCUAAACCAGUUUCCUAUUAUUAUACUGUGGAUGUUUCUAGCUCUCAGUAUAGCAUUCCACCUCUUUUAUAUCUCCAGUGACUUAGUCAAGGCAUCUAGUUGAACACCCUGUUAUUUAAAGAAACCAGCAUUCACUGGCUGUUCCCAGUUCCAGGGACUCAGGUGGCUUCAUAAUUUGUCCUGUUUCCUUGCACUUAGGAAAAGUACUGACAGCUCGUAAUUGGUUGUAUUUCUUAGGAUAUUUGCAUUUAAACUAGAAGUAAUGCUUUAUUUUCUUGGUAUAAUUUGUCUUACAUUUUUGAAAGUAAUAGCUAUUCAUUAAAUUACAUUUGAAAAUGCAGGAAGAAAGAAAAAAAUUGUCUAUAAUUCUACCACUCAUAUAAUACCACUAUUCACAUAUGGGUACUUUCCUCUACUAACCUUUCAAAGCAUGUCUCAAUUUUAAUUGUAUUCACACAAAUACAAUUUUAUAUCAUACAUUUUACUUAUUAAUAUGCUAUUAGCAUCACCAAUGUCAACAUAAACUCUAUGUAAACAUCAAUUUAAUGGUUGCAAAGUAUUAUAUCAACUGGAUAUGCCAUGACUUAUUUAAUCACUGUAUUUAUUGUUAAAUAUUUGCAUUGUUUACACUGUUUAGUAUUGAAAACCAUGCUGCAAUAAGUAUCUUUGGAUAGAUCCUUUUUUGUUUAUUUUGGGCUAUUUCCUUAGAAUAUAUUUCUGGAUAUGGAGUCACUGAGUAAAUGAACAUGGAAGAUUUUAGGAUACACACACUGUUUUGCAAAAAACUAACAUAUGCCUAUGUUCAUGGCCUAUCACAAUCAUUGAUCUGUGAAAUCUCACAUUCUUUAUUGAUUGAUUUCUUUUUAUUUACGAUCUUAAUUUUCAUCCCCCUCAUCUUCAUCAUAGGACCCCAGUCUAAUUUGCUUAAUAUAUACCUCUUUAUUUGUACAUCGUCAUAUUAGCAAGAAUUUUUGUGCGUACAUACUGUAAAUGCACACAAAUGAUGAUGUUGUGCUAUGGAUCUCAUGGUGUUUCUCUUUUUUUCACCUAGCACUCGGUUUUUAAGAUCUAUUUACACUAUAGAUCCAUCUCAGACUACUGAGUGCUGCCUGAUUUGCUUCGAUGCAUCCAUUAUGCUAUACUUCUCUAACUAGUAGACUUCUCUGGACUGCAUCUAGCUCUGCACUACAACAAAUAGUGCUGCUAUCAUUUUCCCUGGUCCUUGCCACCUCAUGGGUAAGGUGUAUAUAUAUGUGUGUGUGUAUAUAUAUGUAUAUAUACACACACCUAUCUGUACUAAGUACUGCCUGAUUGCUUUCCAGAGUGAUUCCUCUAGUCUGUGUUCCCAGCAGCUGUGCAUAUGAGUCUCUGUAACCACAAUUCCCAUCCAUACUUGGCAUUAUCCAUCUUCCUAAUUUUCCCACUCUGGCAGUUGGAAAGUGAUAUCUCGUGGUUGUUUGCAUUUGUAUUUCCCUAAAUACCAGUGAGUUUGAGCAUCUUUUCAUAUGUUUGUUAGUCAUUUGUGUUUCUCUAAUCUGAUUUGCCUGUUUAUAUCUUUGUCCAUUUAUCUGAUAGGGUUUUCAUUUUUUUCUCAUUAUCAUAAAUAUUAAUAACGUAUUUUACAUUUUUGAUAGAAUUUUAUAUUUUUUGAGAAAAUCUUGUGGUUUUGUUUAAUAGGUUGAUUCACAGAUCUCUUUGUUAUAUCUAAGUUGAAUGUACAUAUUGUAAAUUGGUGAUAAAUUUAUUUUUUGAUAAAUGCUA